AUGGCGGCCUACCGGGAUUCGGCCAAAGCCGACUUCAAGCAGGUCGUGGACGCGGCCCUGUCGAAGCUGCGAGACGAGCUGAUCUCGCAGUUCUCGGACUCGCUGUCUGGCCUCCAGGCCGAGAACGAGCAGCUGAGGAGGCGCCUCGACGAGGCCGAGUCCAGACGGCAGCCCUCCGUGUCUCCCUCCAGCGACGAGGACCGGGACGGGGAGAUCGAGCGCGCCGAGGCGGAGCCGGAGCGGGCGCCCAGGCCGCCGACUCCCCCGCGGCCCGUGCCAACGCGACCGGACAGGCGCGCCGACAGCCGGAGGCGCGACAGGAGCCCCACGCGCCAGCGCGACGGCUACAAGGACGAGCGGGACUACCGCAGUCCAAGGUCCAGCCGCGGCAGCCGAGGGCGCGACGGGCGCGGCUGCGACUCCGAGAGGAGCAGGAGUCCUCUGGAGAGGCGGCAGCCGGCACCGCCGCCAGCGCGCAGCCUCAGCAGGGCCAGAGGCCCGAAGGGCUCCGGGAAGGGGAAGGACAACACCUUGUGCUUCCUCUACUUGGUCGGGAAGUGCAACAGGAACCAGUGCGCGGACCGCCACCCCUCCAAAGAGGAGAGCAAGGCCCUGCUGGACAAGAUGCAGCACACCAGCUGCAAGUGGGGGAGGGAGUGCAAGCGGCGCGACUGCGUCUUCUGGCACCCAGCGGACCGCGGCUCGUUUUGA